AUGGCGCAUCGGCGGCGUCUACGGUGCGUCGGCGGCGUCCUCGAAGUCUGCAGCGCGACGGCGGCAUCCGAGGCGCGGAUGGAAUCUACGGCGCAGUUGGCGCCGUCCGUGGCGUCGGCAGCGUGGUCUGCCGUCGGGAGCAUCAGCGGCGUCAGCGGCGCUGUCCGCGCGUCGGGGGCCGGCGCGGUUGGCGUCGGCGGCAUCCAGAGGGUUUGCGGCGUCUGGGCGUCAGGGGCGUCGGCGGCUAGGUCGGCGAGUCAGGGGCGUCCGUGGCACGUCGGCGGGGUCUGCAGCGCGACGGCAGCGUCCGAGGCGCGGUUGGCGCGUCGGGGGCGUCCGCCGCGCGGUUGGCGUCAGCGGCAUCGGCGUGUCAGGGACGUCCUCGACGCGGUCGGCGCGUCCAGAGGGUCUGCGGCGCUUUGGCGGCGUCCGUGGGGUCUGCGGCGCGGUAGGCGCGGGCCGUUGCGUCGACGGCGCGCUGAGUUAGGGUUUACCGGGACAUCCGCACAGCGUUUCCGAGAGUCUGAGCUGAGUCCACACCCUGGAAGCCCAGAAGCAAGGGAUCAGAUGGAAGAAAGAAAGUCAGCAGGUUUUGGAAAAGAGAAUAACCUGCAAAGACAAGUCAAUGCUAGAACAGAAGCCUGCACUAUCUGGAGCACCGAGGCUGUCUCAAGCUAACUGAUCUGCUCUCUGGAUUCCGGGGACACCCGCAGAGCCGGAGGUUGAAGGCACAAGUGUUGAUGUCUCCGACCGUUCUGACUCCAGAUUCCACAGAGCCUCUGUGCAGUCAUUUUCCAAUCCCUGGUCACCAAGACAGAGCCUGAACAAACUGGAACUUUCUGCUCUACAGUCCAUGAUGACUGUGCAAGAAGAAGAGCUGCAGGUGCAGGAAGAAGAGUGGCAGGUGCGGGAAGAAGAGCCGCAGGUGCGGGAAGAAGAGCCGCAGGUGCGGGAAGAAGAGCCGCAGGUGCGGGAAGAAGAGCGGCAGGUGCGGGAAGAAGAGCGGCAGGUGCGGGAAGAAGAGCCGCAGGUGCGGGAAGAAGAGUGGCAG